UGCAUCCGUCCUCCUUUGUAGAUUAUGCACACAAAUUCUAAAUUGCUUGUUUUUAAUUUCUCUCUCUCUAUAUAUUGUCCUUUAAUUUCUACCCCUCAAAAUAGUUCUAAAUCUUCCCUUUUAUGAUCAGUAUGAAGCUACCUUGUUUUCUUUAUCUAGUAGUAGUAGUAGUGAUGGCUAGUAGACAAGCCGCAAGCACAAGCUUAACUACCUAUUGGAAUUCCCAUUUGCAAGGUGUUUUCAUGCCACGGUCGAUUAAGGACUACCUUCCUUCUAAAGAAGGCGAAAGCACUUCAUCAUCAUCAUCCUCUCAUCAGUUUGUGAAGAACAAUCUUAAUAUAUCAGAAGAUGUCAACAUUAUCAGAUGCCAUGCGUCGAAAAGGCCACCAAAAACGACGAAAAUGGACUCCAUUACUUCAUUGCAUUUCCUAGAGAGUGAUCUUUCUAACAACAACAAUCGAGUAUUAUUAUAUCCCCGUUUCCCAAACCUCCACUCCAACAACGGUCAUUUCUUACCAAGGACCAUUAUUGAACAAUUUCCAACCCUAAAAUCCACCAAUUUACCGAGUAUUCUCUCUCGAUUUUCAAUCACCCCAAACUCUCCGGCCACCGGAGUGAUUAAACACACGGUGGAAUUAUGUGAGUACGCCGCCAACGACGAUAACGUAUGUGUCACGUCACUAGAAAGCAUGGUUGAUUUUGUACAAUCAACCAAACACGGUGUUAUUCGAGCAUAUUCAACAACAAUUCAAGAUAAAUAUUUCAAGGGUAAUAAUGGUAAUUUGCAACCCUUUCGUAUAGUAAAAGUAAAGAGGCUAUCAAAUUCAAGGGUUGUUAAUUCUACGGUUAGUUGCCACAAAGCACAAUUUCCGUUUGCGGUUUUCCUUUGCCAUCAACGUGUUGCCACGGUGGCGUACAUGGUUACCCUAGAGGGAGUACGUGACAAGAUGACUAGGAUUGAAGCCGCCACCGCGUGCCACAUGGACACCUCUGAGUGGGACCCUCUCUUUCCUGCGCUCGUCGCUUUGAAGGUUGCUCCGGGAACGCCGGUUUGCCAUUUUCUCAACCAGAAGAGUGUGCUUUGGGUUGUCGGAGAGAACUAAACUUAUUCCGGAGGCGACUUAUAUAUUUGUGUGCUUUUAUUUUGUUUGUAGUUUGUGUUUCGUUGCACGAGUCAAAAAGCUAUUUUUAUGAGAGUGCAGGUUGAUGUUUAAAUUAAUUAUGAGUUUAUUAUAUGUUUCUAUGGACCAGUAAUUGGUCUCAUAACGUUAUAUCCUGUUAAAAUUAAUGUUAUUAUUAUCACUCAAUGGUAAUGUUCACACACGUACCACAUAUAUACGUGGGUCUCAAAGU